AUGGCAAUCCCGCCCCUGUGUUCGAUGUUGUUCAAUGUUGCAGAAGAAGGUCGCCAAUUUCGGUGCUCACUUCAUUCACAUGACAUCUCGAAUUUACACAUGGCCAAGGUGAGCUUCCUCUGUAGUCAGUAUUCAGCCAUUCUGUUGUACUAUGUGGGUGCGUCCGAGAAGACACUCAAAUUUCCGGCAUCUUUGAGCUACGUGACAUCUCGAGGUCUUCCCAGGCACUUGUGCCUGGGCUUUUGGUUGGCGGGCUGGUUUUGUUUCUUGCGAGUUCUCAGUGCUCGCAGAGAGGCAGGACUUGGCAUCUUCACUGUGCUGAUGCUGUUCACCGCAGGCGUCACUGCUUGGUUUAACCGCCCCCACCAGCCAGUCUGGCACGAUCGCAUCCACAUGGCUGCUGCGUCUCUCUAUGUUCUCUGCCACAUUGUCUUGAUGGAUGUCCUCGCGAUGAGCUCAAUGUACAGAGCAGGCUUCUAUGCUUCGAUGGUCAUAGCAGCAGCAUCCCUGCACUGGAGCAGGAGAAUAAAGACAGAAGCAGGGGUGCCAGUGAAGCAUUCCUCAAGCGCGGAAGAGUUUCGUGACCUCUUCGCGCAGCUGAGCAGUAGGCACAGCGCCCAGCUUUGGUGCGCCGAACUCUUUUUUAUGCUCUUUGAAAAUUUGAUUUUUACCUCCUUCGUUUUGGGCCUGACUUCCGGUCUGGAUACCCGUGACUGCGCAAGCGAGUAG